AUGCUCUUGCACGGUGAUCUCGCCGUCAGAGGUGGAGGUAGUGGAGGAGUUGUGGGUGGCUUAAAUAAAGGUGGAGGGUUAGAAGCAGGUGUUGGUGUUGGUGUUGGAGGAGGGUUUGGUGGUAGGGGAGGUGGUGGUAGCAAAGAAGGGUUAAGUCAUGGCAGUGGAUUUGGAGCUGGUGGAGGACUUGGUGGCAGUGGAGGAGGAGGAGGUGGUGGCCUUAGAGGUGGCUUGGGUCAUGGAGAUGGACUUGGAGCUGGUGGACAUGUAGGGGAAACUGGUGGAGGUGAAGGGAGAGGAAGUGAUGAUGAAGGAGGAGGAGGAGGCGUUAGUGGUGGCUUUGGGCGUGGACAAGGAUUUGGAGUAGGAGGGAUUAGGAUAUGGCAUUGGAGGAGGAAGAGGUGGAGGUGGUGGCAGAAGUCUUGUAGGAGGUUUUGGGCAUGGUGGUGGAUUUGGUGCAGGAGUAGGAGGUGGUAUAGGUGGCAGUUUAGAUGGUGGAAUUGGUGUGGCAAUUGGAGUUGGAGUUGGUGUAGGAAUUGGCGCUGGUUCUGGCAAGGGUGUUGGUGUUGGAGGUGGUAUAGGCGGAGGGGAGGAAUUGGUGUGGGAAUUAGAGUUGGAGCUGGUGUAGGAGUUGAUGCUGGCAAGGGUAUUGGCGUUGGUAGUGGAGGAGGAGGAGGAGGCGGUAUAGGCAGUGGAGGAGGUGGUGGUGGCCAUGGAGGUGGAAUCGGUGCUGGCAAGGGUGUUGGUGUUGGUAGUGGUUUUGGUAGCGGCGGAGGAGGUGGCGAACGGUAA